CAUGGACGACCAGCGGGAUGUUCAAACCUCCAAACGAAACGGUAGCUCCAGGUCGGUUUUAUCAGCCGGUUCCGCUGUGGCUAUGGAGAUUAAACGAAAGAAAAUACGACAGAGUACAUUAUUCCUGCAAACUGAGAACACCAACAUCCAAGAAAAGCUUGAGUUUGAGAUGCGAAUGCGGGAGGGAGCCUACAAGCUGCUUCUCGCCUGCAGUAAGAGAGAGCAGGUUCUCAACGCCUCCAAGAACCUGCUGACCUGUAACGCCAGGAUCAAGGCUUAUGUCUCACAGCUGCAGAGGAAGAAAGGGGAGCAGGACAUGGGAUUUUCAGAUCCAGUUUCAGUUGACCGUGUGCCCUGCAAUGGGACAAUUGCAAUGUCUGGGCUGCGCCUUCCUUUGAUGUGGAGGGACUCAGCCUACUUUAACAACAGAGGGAGCUCCCGUCGAGUGGCGUUGUUCUGUCUGAUGCAGAUGGGCUCAGAGGUGUUUGCCACAGAAAUGAUAGUGGUGGACAGAUCAGUCACUGACAUCUGCUUUGAGGGAGUCACUGUCUUUAAAGAUGCAGAUCCUCAGUUUGAGCUGAAGGUGGAGCUGUGGAGCUGUGCCCUGGAGGAUGAGCUCACCAUGGUGAAUACGCCAAAGAAACUGGCCAAGAAGCUCCGCAGCUCCUUUGGAAAGACAGCUGGGAAGAAGCUCUGCCCUCUGCUGGACAGCCCCGACCCCGACACCUUCCUGCAGGACAACCCCAUUCCCCCUGGAGCCAAGUACAGCCUGCUGGCCUACACCACGCUGUGUCUGCCUGACGCUGAAGGCAGCUUCCAGUCGCACUCCCUCGUCGUCCUCCAAGGCGACGAGUCGUCGUCAUGGCUUCCACUUUAUGGCAACCUCUGCUGCCGGGUGGUGGCCCAGCCUUCCUGCAUGACACAGAGCAUGAUGAGCGGCUACCUAAACCAGAAGCUGAGUGUGGAGGGGAUGUACCGCUGCUGCAGUCUCUACUGUGUGCUCAGUGCUGGGGUUCUGUCCUGUUACUUCACCCCGGAAGAAAUUGAUGCUAAAGUGCAGCCCUCUCUCAAAGUACCCGUUAACAAGGACACUCGAGUCCGUGUGAUGGAAAAAGAGUCAUCAGGACAUAAGUCCAGGAGCCUGUCCAUCAUCAACCCCUCACCAGAGGGCUCUGAGACCAUCGUCUUCACCACGGAAACCAGAGAGGAGCUGGAGGACUGGCUGGACGCCCUGCACCAGCACCUCUACGACCAGGGCCAGUGGCUGCACUGCUGCAACCAGCUAAUGAAGAUCGAGGUCACGUCACCACGGAAACCAUCACUCUUCCACACCAAGCAGGCCGACUCUGUUUACAACGACCUCAGUAUACAUUCACCCGGAAAGUUUGAGAGCAUCACAGACAUGAUCCACAACAAGAUAGAGCAGACCGAUGGCCGCUUUCUUAUUGGUCCUGAGGAGGAGAAGGAAGCGCCUAAUUGGUCCACUCUGUUCGAAGGGACCAAUUCAAUGGUGGUGCAGAAGGGUGUUCUGUCCCAGAGCAAAACCUCCACCCCUUGUGCAAGCCCCAACCCCAACCCCAACACCAGCUCUACCUCCAUCCAAACAUCCAGCAAGAAGCGCCGGGCCCCGCCCCCCCCCUCUGACAGGAAACCUCCGGCUACUGCCAGCCGCCCUGCCAGACCUCCCCUGCCUCCCUCUCUCCAUCACGCUCCACCUCCCUACCACCAGGAGAAGGAGAACUCCGGCACUUCACGCCCGACCACAAGGUCCAAAACUGGGAGACCAUCUCUGGAUGCCAAAUUCUCUGCCAUCAUCCAGCAGCUCCAGCGCAGCAACGCCGGAGGAGCUGGAGCCCAAAGUCGGAAAUACGCUCCACUGGGCAUCCUGGACGUACAGCCGCACAGUGCGCCGCCUCCUCUCCAGCAGCUGGAGCAACACCACCACCACCCCCAGCACGCUGAGGCUGCCGGGGAACACGCCUUCCUCAGACCCAGCUCCGGUCCUGUUCCUGCAACCAGGAGCAAACUGAGGAAAUCGUUCAGAGAGAGGAUGAACUUUAAAGCCUUGUAACGUCAACAUUUGGCAAUAGCCAGCAUUAACCCUACCUUACUACUAAUACAAAUAACCAAAACAACAGGGACAGCAUUUCAUCUGAGCUCAUUCUUAUUUAUAACAAAUAAAUCACAUUAUAUACCAGUAUACCUUAAUAGCAAUAAUAAUAAUAAUAAU